ACUCCAUUCAUGUACUUAUUCAUGUUUCUCCAACAUAUUUCGUAGUAAUAUUUAUAUAAACACCGUCUGGACUAUCAUAAUCAUUUAUUGGUGGAUUAUGUACUGGCCCAACUGCACUGUAUGGCAAAAAGGAAUCGUCGGUCUGAAAGAAAAAUAUAAUUUUUGAAGGAAGAAAUAUUUGGCAAUUAUUAAUAAGAACAAGAAUCGUUUGAGAUUAUUUUCUAGUAUUCAAAAAUUGCUGCCACUGCCGAUGCUGCUUCCCACGCAAUCAAUACAAGUACAUGUAAAAAAUGUAGAAGCCAGAAUGUUAGAGUCUUAUUAAGAGACAAAGAUAGAUAUUGUAAAACUUGCUUCUUGUCUAUGGUAACGCAUAAGUUCAAAGCCACGCUCGGUAAAUCAAAGUCAAUACGUCCAACCGAUACAAUACUUGUCGAACAUUCGGGAGAAGCAAAUUCAACAGUACUUGUACAUCUUAUCAAGGCAAAUGCAAACGAAUCAGUUAACAAAAGACUUAAGUGUCUAUGUAAAAUACUAUACAUAGAUGAUGGUAUGGUGAUGGGACGCACGCUCGAAGAACGAAAAUUUAUUUGGAACGCAUUGGCUGAAGAAGCGGAAAGUUUGCAAUUACCAACAUAUGUUGUACCUUUAACAGAAUGUACAACCAAUGUUCAUUGCGAAGAGAUACGGUCGAUAAAUGUAAUGGAAACAACUGCGACGAGCAAUGAUGCGAUAAUGCAAAAGAUUUUCAAUAAUUUGGAAAGCAAUACAGCGAAAGAUGAAUUAUUGCGACAACUGAAGCGCAAAUUGAUUGUGUCCGUGGCUCGCGAGCUUAAUUGUAAUAAAGCUUUUGUUGCUGAUACGUCUCUUGAUCUUGCAGUACAAGUGCUUACAGAUGUGUCGACGGGAAGAGGCUGUCAAUUAUCUGUAAAUGUUGGUUUCUCCGAUACAAGAUGUACAGAUGUAACUUUACUUAAACCGCUUAGAGAUUUCACAAGAGACGAUGUAACUGGCUACUUGGAGUGCUGCGAGCUAACUCCAAUUUUUAGUUCCACAAAUUAUAAUCAAUCUUUCCCUAAUUCCAUAAGGAGCAUUACAAAAGAUUUCAUUUGCCAGUUAGAUUCUAAGUUUCACAGUACCGUAUCCACGAUAUAUCGUACGAGUGAAAAAUUGGGCACAAAAGUAGAGGAAUUUCAUAAUAUGAAUCUUAAUAGGGACAUUGUUGCUAAUGCUGAUAUUAACGAUACCUGUCUACUUUGCGAAUUGACUCUGGACUCGUGUUACGUGCGUGACGAGCAAUUCUCUGUCAUACAAGCAAGGAUAUUUUCUGAAUUAGUUUCAACGGAUUCUGCAUCAAAUACGACUUUAAAUUCCGGAAGAACGGAAGAAGUAAAUGACUCGGAAAAGAAACUCUGUCGAUGCGAUAAUACUACUUGUACACCGCUUCACGCGCAGCCUUUACAACCAGAUAUAAUUGAAAAAUAUCUCUGUUACGGCUGCAGAUUAAUCUUUUUAAAUUCAAAUAAAAAAUUCGGUUCGUUACCUACUUUCUUGCAUCGUAAAAUUCAAGAAAAAUUACAAAUUACGCAUCUACGAAAAGAAAUAACAGACUUUCUAUUAUAAAUAAUAAAAUGUAAAGUAAUAGUAUAUUAUUACUCAAAAGUAAUAAAUUAUUACUAAAAUAAUAUAUUAUUACUUUAGAGAGAAUCAUGUUAUUGAUGAAUAAAUGCAAGCAACGUCUAUUCUAUACUUCGUCUAUGACCAUACCUAAUCUAUGAUAAGUCUAUUCUAUCCAAUGACCACAGACGAGGUAUACGAGUAGAUCUUACAUUCAAUGUAUUUUUUAUAAGCCCCAUUAAUACGCAUUGUUGCAUUUUGAAACAUUAAAAUCUUUCAAUCCAUUUAGAAGUUAUGUUUUAAACAUACGCAUGAGAUUUUGGGUAAU